UGUACCUCCCAAGUACCACGGCAGCUUAGGCCUACAAGCGACAACACCGGAACACGCACGUCAGAUCUACCAGCACUGGACAUUAGAACAACAAGACCACAGGUUCACCUUCCCACUCUGCCACGGUAGAUGUCAGUGCCACGCCAUGUCUCUCAGCCCAAGGGAUUCGAUAGCGUCGAAACCGAGGACGUGGUUUACCGCCGUUCGAGGCCACAAUCAUGUUUCCGCGAAUGCCAACUGGCAGUCUAGCCGCCGCAUGACCUCCAGCACCAACCCAUGGAACGUUUCACCCUUGCCGUCCCGUACUAUGUACUCCAAUGUUACGGCUCUCGCUCACUGCUUCUGCUUUACUUCUACAUAUCAUGCUGCCGCGCUUUGCUAAUUCGAGGUUACGGCCUUCACUCAACUCUCUUAGCAUAUGGCACGUGUUAGCACUAACGGGUAUCUUCAGAACCGUAGCCGCAACCCCACAUCUCCGCAUUUCAGAAAGGCGUGCUCUACAUCACGUAAUGACGCACAGCCUCGCAUUGGGUUCACGAAUGCAGACCCGGUUUUACUGCCCGACCCAGGCCGACCCUCAUCGAAUAUACCCAAAGUCCUAAUCAACACGCCUAGUAAAUGCCCUGCAUCCAUCGACCAUAGCACCAGUAGUGACGCCGAAUCCAUUCAAUUCAGCGUUCACCGCUUCUAUAGAGAAGCAAGCAGAGUAAUGUCGACGGUCGGCGACGUGGCUGCCGAUCUUGUUGAUAUUCGUCAGCAAUUUUGGGUAGUUCAUGCGGUGCCACCAUCCACGGCAGAGUCCACGAGAACCGGCGAUAAGGCUGCUUUGAUAAUUUUGCCAACCUCAAGGCGAGGUAUAGGGUCCUGGGUGCAAUGGCGGGGCAGGGCAGGUCAUCUGCACAACACCACAGACCAAUUAGUAUCGCAGAGCGACCCUACCCGGCCUUCCAGAACCCUUGAGGAGUCUGCAAAGGCGGAGGAAGGCGUCGACAAGGCGCUCAAUACGAAUUUCGAUAUCCUCACCCAUCGACCGCGAUAACAGCCACCGCACCUUUUCGAUGAUCUCAUAUCUAAUUCGUUGAUCCUAUCUUUUCGCAUUCCCGACUCUCCAGAAGCGCAAUAUGAUUUUCAUCAGAGAAUCCUCGCGAAUCCCCAACCUCCAGUUUGCCAUCAUCUCACCUGCGGUGCAACCCGCGACGCAGCCUGCACGCCUCGCAUC